AAUCGCUCCAGGACUGGCUACCGGCGUCGUCAGUGGUGCAGGAUGUGGGGCACCAGCUGAACUGGGGGGAAAAUCUUGGACACUGGCAGAGCGAGCGGUGCGGCAGCCGCAGCCCAGGAGGAGGGGAGAUCGGUCAACCCGAGCCCGGCCUGUCACCAGCUGCAUUAUGGGAAAUGCAAAUAAUAAAGGGCCAAUCCCACCCCCCUCCUCGAAGCCACCUCUACAGGGGAUGGUGAAGCAACUCCAGGAGGACGUCACCUGCUCCAUCUGCCUGGACAUCUUGGAGGACCCCGUCUCCAUCGAGUGCGGCCACAAUUUCUGCCGGGGCUGCCUCGCGGCUCACUGGAGCGGGGUCUCGGCCUGUGGGUCCCAAUGCCCCGAGUGCCGGGCUCCCUGCUCCAGGAACCGGAUGAUCCCAGACACACGCGUCAAAAGCCUGGUGUUGAAAAUCAGAGACCUGCCAUGCGAAGAGACGCCGACAGCAACAGGGACAGCGAGCCCUGAGCAGGGGCCGGGGGCUCAGCCGGAGCCGGGGCGCCCGGUGCAGCUGGUGCGUCUGGACAAGGAAGGGGGCCUGAUCCUGGACGAGGAGGCCCUGAGCCGCUGCCUGGAGCAGGGUGGGGUGGGAGAUGCCCCCGUUUGCCUGGUGUCCAUCGUCGGGGAGCAGCGCCGGGGCAAAUCCUUCCUGCUGAACUACCUGCUGCGCCGGCUCCGGAGCCCGGAAGGGAAGGACGGAUCCUGGAUGGGCCGGGAGGAGGAGCCCCUGGAGGGGUUCGAGUGGCGAGUUGGCACCCGCAGCGUCACCAAAGGGGUGUGGGCCUGGAGUCAGCCCUUCUGGGUCCCCACCGAGCGGGGGAAGGUGGCCGUGCUGCUGGUCGACACCGAGGGCUCCAUGGACAUCGCCAGAGACACGGAGACCAGCGUCAAACUCUCCGCCCUCUCCAUGCUGCUUGGCUCCUACCAGAUCCUGAAUGUUUCCAGCCAGAUAAAGGACCCUGAUCUGGAAUAUCUGGAGAUGUUUCUGCACGUGGCCGAAGAGGUGGGAAAGGAAUACGGGCUGGAGUCCAUUCAGCACCUAGACCUGCUGGUGCGGGACUGGAGCAGCUCCACGCUCCUUGGAGGCGAUGGUGGGAAGGAGCAUCUGAGAGACGUCCGACAGAUGCUGGCGGCGACGUCCCCCUGCAAACACCCCAAGGCCCUAGAAGUGCUGAGCAGAAGCAGCAGCCGCUGUUACCUGAUGCCCUUCCCCGGCAAGCGGAUCAUGACUGGAAACCAGGGAAGCCUGAGAGACAUGGAUGAGGAUUUCCGGGACAGCCUGAGGGACUAUGUCACCGCCCUGGUGGGCUCGGUCAGUCAAUACAUCUGGAGGGACCGGCAUGGGGAGCUGCUCACUGGGACACAGCUUGCUGCCAAGAUAAAGAAAUUCUCUGAUCUGAUGAAGAAACAUCACUGUGGCUUCUCCUCUCCCGCUCAGAUGGCCAUCGCCUUCUACAACCAGAGAGUCCUGGACAGGGCCAGCGCAGACCACACUCUCUUUCUGAAGGAGAAGGACAGCGACUCCCGGAACAUGUUUUCCUGCCUGAAGGUGCGACCGAGCAAGAUGGCGGAGCAGUUCGCGGAGCGGCGCGGGCACUUGCUGUGGCGGUGCCAGACGGACAUGAAGGAGCCGGUGCCGGAGAAAGAGGCCCUGCUGACACAACUGGAGGAGGAGCUGACACGGGAGGCUGAGACCUUCCUGGAGAUCUACGGGAAACGCUUCAAGAAAUUCGCCAUUUUGGCGGGCGUGGGGGCGGGGGCGCUGGUCCUGGGACCGGUGGGCGGAGCUGCCGGUGCCGGGAUCGCUGGUGCUGUCAUCGCUGCCGAGGCGGCUGGGGCGCUCGCCGUGGCUGAGGUGGUGGCCAUUGGGGUUGGGACGGGCGCCGCAGCCGGGAUCGUCGUGGGUGGGGGCGUGGGCGGGGGCAUGGGUGGGAACGUCGCCCGGAGGGAUAGGCAGAGGGCCGAGGCUGCUGGUGGCGGGAGGGAGGAAGGGGAUGGAACUGAGGAUCUAUCCGAUGACAAACCCCUGAUCUGAUCGGUGUCCUUCCCCCUCCCCCCGAAUCUGGGGCUGACGAAUGGGGUGAUGGGGCUGCAGCGUGGCCCAGACACGUCCCCCCAGAAGCCACCCCAGAGCAGGGAGCCAUCGCCCCCAGAUUCUAAGAAGGGACGUUUAGAUUUUCUCGUCUGACCUGCUGUGCCACCCAGGCUGGAGAACGCCGCCCACUUCCCCCUGCGUCGGGCCCGACAUCUCCUGUUGCACUAAACCAUGUCCCGGAAAGGCGGCCAGUCUGGCUCGGAAGCCAGAAGAGACAGAGACCCCACCGCUUUCCCGCUGGUGAAUCACCCGCGCUGUGAAAAAUCCGGUGCCUCGUUUCCGGUGGGAGUGUGUCUGGCUUUAACUUCCAGCCCUCGGUUCUCGCUCUGCCUUCUUCCGACGUUGCACGGCCAAUCCGGCUGCAACGUGAAAUGCUUGGAAACGCCUGGCCGACGGUCCUGUCCCGAGAUCACCCUCUGGGGGUGACAACAGGCGCCUGGCUGAGUUCCUACAAUGGCAGUCGUGUGGUCCGGUCCUGGGGGACAGAUCUCCAGCCGCCCCUCUGAGCGGGAAGGCGGGCUCUGGGGCGAGGGCACAGGAAGACGUGGGUUUCUUGCUCUACCAUGGGCUUCCUCUGUGACCUUGGCCAAGUCCCUUAGUUGCUCCGUGCCUCAGUUUCCCAUUUGUCUAAUGAGGGUAAUAAUGCAUUGGAAGAUGGUGAGCGGUUUGAGCUCCACUGAGAGAAAGUGCUACCCAGGAAACGGGCAUCGUUAUUUAUU